AGCAGGCGGUGGGGCGCCCAGGGUGACAGCCAUACUCGGUCCCCUGUCGCUGGCCCCUGAGCGCCAGCCUUCGCGCCGGGAGCGGGAGAGGCGCGGGUCAUUGUGGGGAUUGUAGUGCAGUGGCUUCUCUGGCUCAUGGUUUUGGAUGGGCGGCCUGGACGGGUGACUGACUACAAAGCCCAGCGGCCCCGACGGCUGGGAGAGACCGAUAAACCUUAAGCGGACCGCAGGAGUGAAUAAUCUCUCUUUGUGGUGAGGGGUUCUUGGGUGGUCGCGGAACGUGACUCUGUGGAGCUAGGAAAGGGAAGUGGAGGUCUCUGAAAGAAGAUGAACUUGGCUGAGAUUUGUGACAAUGCAAAGAAAGGCAGAGAAUAUGCACUUCUUGGAAAUUAUGACUCAUCAAUGGUAUAUUACCAAGGGGUGAUCCAGCAGAUUCAGAGACAUUGCCAGUCAGUUAGAGACCCGGCUAUCAGAGGCAAAUGGCAACAGGUUCGGCAGGAAUUAUUGGAAGAAUAUGAACAAGUUAAAAGUAUUGUCAACACUUUGGAAAGUUUUAAAAUUGACAAGCCCCCAGAUUUCCCUGUGUCUUGUCAAGAUGAACCAUUUAGAGAUCCUGCUGUUUGGCCGCCCCCUGUACCUGCAGAGCACAGAGCUCCACCUCAGAUAAGGCGUCCUAAUCGAGAAGUAAAACCUCUGAGGAAAGAAAUGCCAGGAGCCGGAGCCCGGGGACCUGUAGGCCGAGCACAUCCUAUAUCAAAGAGCGAGAAGCCUUCUGCAAGUAGGGACAAGGAUUACAGAGCAAGAGGGAGAGAGGACAAGGGAAGAAAAAAUAUGCAAGAUGGUGUGAGUGAUGGUGAAAUUCCAAAAUUUGAUGCUGCUGGAUAUGAUAAAGAUCUGGUAGAAGCCCUUGAGAGAGAUAUUGUGUCCAGGAAUCUUAGCAUUCAUUGGGAUGACAUAGCAGAUUUGGAAGAAGCUAAGAAGUUGCUGAGGGAAGCUGUUGUUCUUCCCAUGUGGAUGCCUGACUUCUUCAAAGGGAUUAGAAGGCCCUGGAAGGGUGUACUGAUGGUUGGACCCCCAGGAACUGGUAAGACCAUGCUAGCUAAAGCUGUUGCCACUGAAUGUGGCACAACGUUCUUCAACGUUUCCUCCUCUACAUUGACAUCCAAAUAUAGAGGUGAAUCUGAGAAAUUAGUCCGUCUGUUGUUUGAAAUGGCUAGAUUUUAUGCCCCCACUACUAUCUUCAUUGAUGAGAUAGAUUCUAUCUGCAGUCGAAGAGGGACCUCUGAUGAGCACGAAGCAAGUCGCAGAGUCAAGUCUGAGCUACUCAUUCAGAUGGAUGGUGUUGGAGGAGCUUUAGAGAAUGAUGAUCCUUCCAAAAUGGUUAUGGUAUUGGCUGCUACUAAUUUCCCAUGGGAUAUUGAUGAAGCUUUGCGAAGAAGAUUAGAGAAGAGGAUUUAUAUACCUCUCCCAACAGCCAGAGGAAGAACCGAGCUUCUAAAGAUCAAUCUUCGUGAGGUUGAAUUGGAUCCUGAUAUUCAACUGGAAGAUAUAGCAGAGAAGAUAGAGGGCUAUUCUGGUGCUGACAUAACUAAUGUUUGCAGGGAUGCAUCCUUAAUGGCAAUGAGACGGCGCAUCAAUGGCUUAAGUCCAGAAGAGAUCCGUGCACUUUCUAAGGAGGAGCUUCAGAUGCCUGUUACCAAAGGAGACUUUGAGUUGGCUCUUAAAAAAAUUGCCAAGUCUGUCUCUGCUGCAGACUUGGAGAAGUAUGAAAAAUGGAUGGUUGAAUUUGGAUCUGCUUGAAUUUCUGUCGGCUCUUCCAUUUCUGGUAUUUUUGUUUAUAAAAUGUGAAGAAAUUUCUUCAUUU